AUGACGGGAAUUAUUGGUAGCGUGGGUGAGUUCGACUCCAAUGAAGAAACUUGGGACUCGUACAUAGAGAGGUUUGAACUAUUUUUAAUUUGUAAUGAUAUCGAUCAUUCUAAGAAAGUGUGUACCUUGCUGACAGUGGUAGGAGUAAAAACGUUCAAGCUAUUACGGGAUUUGUGUACACCCGAUAUGACUUCUACAAAAUCGUACGAUGAUUUAGUGAAGCUAAUUAAGGACCAUUUAUAUCCGACUCCAUCUUUUGUAUCUGAAAGAUAUAAGUUCAAGGCUGUUCAACUGACAUCGCAGAUUGAGAUGGCAGAGAAAAGCGCGGCAACGUUGGCGUCAGGCAGCCAUGACACGCCAGCCGUCUCCGUUCGCAGCGUCCAUCGGCUAGCAACGUCAUCGGCUAGACGUCACUACAACGGACGUGAGUCAGCGCCGAGCGGGAGAGACAACGCUUCGCGCCACCACACCAACGCUUCGCGUCACCACGCCACGCCGAGUACCACACACGCACAUCAGUCCAGCAGCACUAGUGUAGUGAAGUGUAACUGUUGUGGCGCCGUAGGUCACUUCAGUAAGCAGUGUAAAUAUUACGGUUGUGUUUGCCAUAAAUGCGGCAAAACAAAUCAUUUAAAGAAGGUAUGCCGAUCUCAGGCUAGGGUGACAGAUCAAACAGCUGAGGUAAUAACAGCUGAGAGCCAGCAGACAGCGCGCUCUGACUGUGCAGACGACAAUCCAGUAGGCAGUAACCGCACAGCUGAUGCGCCGCGGCAUUCUAUUUCUGUCCGCCCCACUACAGCUAUGUCACCCAACGCUUUUCAUACUCACACUACCUACACCAGUCCUAUUACUCAGCGUUCACCACUUGCUCGUUCCACUCCUGUUCGCAGGUAUCCUCAACGAGAGCGAAAGCCAAUUACAAGGCUAGAUUUGUAA